AUGGACACCCUUGAUGAUGGCCACCUCGAGGGGUUACGUAACUGCAGAAUGAUAACUUUCCUUAUUGAGCAUGGCGCUUAUAUAGAUCUUCAAGAUUCAAUUGGGCGCACAGCCCUUCACUAUGCUAUGUUUAAAGAUGAAAAGUGUUUCCUUGGGUUUAAACACGAGGAGGUUUCUAAACUUUUAGCUGCUGGAGCAUCCCAUUUGCGUGACAAUUCAGGAUUGACACCUCUUCUGCGAGCUAGUGAUAAAUGCAAUGUUUUAAUGGUAGAGCAUUUAAUAAAGCAACCGGAAAUAGCAAAAGAGCAAAAAAUAGAUGCGCUAGAGCUUCUUGGAGCUUCACUUGCUUUAGCGCCGCACAAGGAGUUUCCAUUUUAUGAUGUGAAGGAAGGUUUCGAGUACAUCAAACAUGGCAUGAGAGAAAGGUUUGCUGAUCCUUCCCAUCCAUUGUUGAAACAGCAAAUGGAACCUGUUGAAGCUUAUCAGAAUAGAAAGGAGAGUCAGACCCUUGGGGAACUUGCUGAGAUAAAGCAUAACAGGGAUGCUAUCAUCAUGGAAAGCCUGAUUAUUAGAGAAAGAAUCCUUGGAACAAACAGUCUAGCAGUACUUCCACAAAUGAGAGCUGCUGCUUUUUAUUACUUAAUCGGAAGUAAUCUUCAUCUUUCUUUGUUGUUGCUCAGAAAUGUAAUCAAAAUAGCCCUGAAUUUCAAUCUAAAAGUAUUACCUUUCUCACGAUCAGUGAUCUUGCGUCUACAGUGGAUAUGGUCUGAUGAUCUUGUAAAAGAUGAUAUUUUUGUGAAAACAUUUGACCAAAUAGUUAUUGUUUCUGAACAUGAGAUGCAUAGAAAGAUGAUGGAAAAAGAACAGGAUCCUGCUAAGUGCCAGGUAUACAUUUACUACCUAAGGGACCUUGUUUGGAUGAUCAGUAAGUUAAACUGCAGCAGAGUUGGCAAACUGUCAUGUGUGUCACCAUUUUUGAAAACUCUUUGUAAGUUAAAUCCUUGUGAUCUUUCUGGGAAAAGUUUGUUGCACAUGUUUGCCAUAUUUCACUGUACUGAUCACUGCAAUGUUUCCUACACUGAUGCAACAAAGCUUCUUGUAAAUGCAGGAUUCGAUGUAAGCAGUACUGACAGUAAUGGAAAUACUGCACUUCACACAAUUGCGUGUAUAUCUCCCUACUGUUACUCAAAUGGGACUCAUAUUCGUAUUACCGACAUGUUGCAGGUUUUGAUUGAUGAAGGUGCUCAUCAUGAUUUUGUCAACAAUGAUGGUAGAACGCCCAUGGACAUGGCUGAAACUGUUGAAGCUCGCAUUAUUCUUACUGAACAGAAACGAAAACUAGAAUUACAGUGUAUUGCUGCCAAAGCUGUCAAAAAGCUUGGAAUCUCUUAUCAGGGGGUGGUACCCAAAACACUGGAGAAAUACAUCAGUAUGCAUUGA